CUCCGUCUGACACGCAGCAUGCCGGACAGCGUUGACGUCACUUGCCUCGAUGACGGCCCGCAUGGAGCCACCUUCCUUGUCCGGUGCAAGGAGGCCCGGAUCCUGAUCGGCUGCCCGCUGGAUACGACCAGCCUGCUGCGGUUCAUGCCGCGCAGCGGGCGCUCAGACACACUUGUGCCCCAUGGCGGGGCGGUGUGCUUCCGGUCGCCGGUCACCGGGGCCGCCUUCAUCGACACGACCCCCGGCUCGCCGCUGCUGCCAGUCCCGCGGGUGCCGGGCGGCGCGGUCGGCGUCGAUGUGGUCCUGGUGCCCCAUGCCCUGGCGCUGCUCGGCGUGGCCUACCUCUUCGAGGCGGAGCCUGGCUCUGGAGCAUCCGAGGCCCCUGGCGCCGGCUUCACCGGGGCGGUCUACACCACCGAGCCGGCCCUGGAACUGGCGCGCCUGCUGAUGGAGGAAAUGUCCGCCGGCAUGGCCGGAGCCCCGCAUGGCGGUGAUGACGGCGGUGCCGGGCUCUCCAUCUCCGUGGACCGCUUGAUCGAACUCCUCCCCGAGGGUGCCUCGCGGGAGUACUUCCACAAUGCCCGGCGAGAUGGCUUGUCCGCCUGGCGGCCGGUCUUCUCGCCGGAUGCCGUCCGCCGGUGCCUGGACAGCGUGGUCACCGUGACCUACUUGCAGGAGCUGGAUCUGUCGGGUGGUCUGACGGCCAUCCCCACCCCCUCGGGACUGGCCAUCGGCGCAUGUAACUGGCUUGUGCGUCUGCCCUCCCUGCGAACGCUUGGCGUGGUGUGCAGCGCCGCCGACGGGGCCAGCCACCCGACGCCGUUGGACUUGAACUCCCUGGCCGCGGCGGACGCCCUGGUGGUCAGUGGCUGCCAGAACCCCGGGGUCUUGGAGCGGGGCCCCUUCGCCGACCGGGUCGGCCCGUCGGACUGGGCCUUGCGCGAGAUCUGCCGAUUGACAACCGAAACCGUGUCUCGUCGCGGGUCGGUCAUCAUCCCGAUGCUGCCGUCUGGCCUGCAGCUGGACCUACUUGGGCAGCUGGCCCAGCAUUUGACCAACACCGUGGCCGGGCCGGCGGUCCCCAUCUAUGUGGUGAGCCCGGUGGCCGGCCGGGCCCUGGCACAGGCCGACGUGGCCAGCGAGUGGCUGCGUCCGGAGCUACAAGAGCGGGCCCGACUCCCGGCCCCGCCCUUUGACCAUGCUGAUUUGGCGGAAAAGGGGCGCCUGAUCCAGGUAAGCCGCCUGAGUGACUUGGCCCCCAACUCCCUGGAUGCCCUGGCCCGUGGGGAGCCGGCGGUCGUGGUGCUCGGGCAUCCGGCGCUGCGCUUCGGCGAUGCGGUGCAUCUGGUCCGGGCCCUGCUCGGGGGGCAUGGGGCCCUGGGGGCGGCUCCUGGCCCGGGGGCCGGGCUGGGGGUCGGCGAAAGCCGCCUGCUUCUGGUGGAUCCGCUCUUCGUGGCCGAGGCUCCGCUCCUUUUGGAGCCCUUCUUCAUGCUGGACCCACAUGGGCCGCCGGCCUUGUCGGCCGGCUUCGCCCUGCCUUCCGGUGAGGCUGGAUCGUCCGACCGCCCGUCGGGCCUGCAUCUCCGGCGUCCAGGCACCCGCGUGGAGGUGGCCGCCGCCGAUGACCGGCUGACCUUCCCCCUGCUUGUGGAGCGCCUGCUGGCGUCGCGCCAGUCCGGGGCCUUCCGGUCGGCGGACGCCGUGCGUACCUUCCUCAGUGCGCUGCCGGAUCUGCCGCCCGCUCGUCGGGGGUAUCUGGUGCCGGAGGCGCCGCAGCUCUUCGUCACUCCCAGUUCCAUGGACUCCACCACGACCAUGGGCAGCGCCCCUGCCAGCCGGGCCCCGGUCGGCAGCCUCGGCCGGGGGCAAACACUGACCAUCGACCUGGCCCAGGGGAGUCGCUUUCCGCAGGGCGACGAUUUGGGCGUCAUUUCGGUCAGCCUGCUGAAUGACUCGCCGGGUGGGCCUGUGGCAUCGGGCCCUGGCGGCCCGGUCAGCGCCGGGUACUUUCGCCUGCCGGUGAGCGAUGCGUCCAUCCUGGGCCGGCAGUCCUUUGCUCUGGAGGGGCGGGCCGCUGCCGGUGGGGACUUUCCCGACUCACCGGCCGAGGUGGUCGUCCUGCCGCUGUCCGCCAGGCUGCUGGCCACCGACAGCCGGCUGGAGAUCAAGCCCGUGCUGGCAGCCGCCCCGGCGGGGGCGGCGGCACCCGAGCUCAUGCGCCGGCGUCCUAACCAGCGUCAGCCGCGUCAUGCUUCUCGGCUGCCACCGCCCUUGCUGCCGUCACACCCCUCGGCGGGUCUGCCGGCGGCCGAAUCCAUUCGCAAACGCUUCAUGUUCGGCGCUGGAUGUGCUCGAAGUGUUGAGCAGCACGCCUCGGAGGCCGGCCUGAGCGUGAGCAUCACACGACGGCCGGCGGACGAUGCGACAGACGCUUCGGGCAUUUCGCUGGCCAUCCAUCGGCCUGCAUCACCUCCGGCCACGGUGGCAACCGAUGCUGAGGCCCAUGUCAGCGCCGCCGAGGCUGGUGGCGAGGUCCCGCAUUUUGUCGAUGGGGCCGGCGGUUCCGGGGACCCAAGCCCCGCUGUUGACGCCACAGAUGCCGAGGGGACCGAUGUCGCGGCGGUCGACGCUACUGGGGCUGACGGCACCCCUGUUCCCGAGGAGGACCCCGUUGCCACCACCACCACCACCACCACCACCGGCGAUGAUGCCAGCAUGGCUGUGGAGACUCCGGCAGUUGCCACACCCAGCCGGAAGCGCCUCCGCGAGGUGGCCUCCCCCACGGCCGAGGCCCCGGGGCGCCUGCUCGCCGAGGUCACCGUCUCCAAGGGCCGCACUCAUGUGGACCUGGGGACGAUGGAUUUGUCGGAUUUCCACCGGGUGUCGAGCGCCGGGAUCGGGAGUCCCGCCGCCGGAGCACUGCCGCCCCGGGGACAGGACCUGGCCGCUCUGCGCAUGGCUGUCCUCUCGUACUUGGAGCACCGGCAAAUGUGAGUGCCCCCCUCCCCCCCCUCCAUCCCCUGGCGGGAAAAAGAAUGACAAUAAACACAAAGAAUUAGA